GCAGCCCCGGCAGCCCCGGCAGCUCCGCUCCGCGCCCCCGGGCGGCGAUGAGUGCGGUGCCCGCGGGCAACGGCAGCGCGUGGGGGGCUGCGGCGCCGGGCGAGUGCCGCGGGACCCCCAGCCUGGGCAGGCAGUGGGCGGUGGGGGCCGCCCUGAGCCUCACCGUGCUGGUCAUCGUGGUCGGCAACUUGCUGGUCAUCGUGGCCAUCGCCAAGACGCCGCGUCUGCAGACGAUGACCAACGUCUUCGUCACCUCGUUGGCUUGCGCCGACCUCAUCAUGGGUUUGCUGGUGGUGCCGCCGGGGGCCACCAUCCUGCUGAGCGGCCACUGGCCCUACGGCGCCGUGGUGUGCGAGCUGUGGACCUCGCUGGACGUGCUGUGCGUCACGGCCAGCAUCGAGACGCUGUGCGCCAUCGCCGUGGAUCGCUACCUCGCCAUCACGUCGCCGCUGCAGUACGAGGCGCUGGUGACCAAGAGCAGGGCGCGGGCCGUGGUGUGCCUGGUGUGGGCCAUCUCCGCCUUCAUCUCCUUCCUGCCCAUCAUGAACCACUGGUGGCGGGACGGGGCGGAUGAGCAGGCGAUGCGCUGCUAUGACGACCCGCGCUGCUGCGACUUUGUCACCAACAUGACCUACGCCAUCAUCUCCUCCACCAUCUCCUUCUACGUGCCCCUGCUCGUCAUGAUCUUUGUCUACGUGCGUGUCUUCGCCGUGGCCACGCGGCACGUCCACCUCAUCGGUAAGGACAAGGUGAGGUUCCUGCAGGAGCCCCCCAGCUCCAGGAGCAGCCGGCGGAGACGGCCGUCCCGUCUGCUGGCCAUCAAGGAACACAAGGCGCUCAAGACCCUGGGCAUCAUCAUGGGCACCUUCACGCUUUGCUGGCUGCCCUUCUUCGUGGCCAACAUCAUCAAGGUCUUCUGCCGGCCGCUGGUGCCAGAUCGGGUCUUCCUCUUCCUCAACUGGUUGGGCUACGUCAACUCAGCCUUCAACCCCAUCAUCUACUGUCGCAGCCCUGACUUCAGGAGCGCCUUCCGCAAGCUGCUGUGCUGCCCACGCCGUGCUGACCGACGGCUCCACGCCGUCUCGCAGGACCUCCAGCGCUGCCCCUGUGCCUUCAGCCCCCGGGGGGGCCCCUCGGAUGACAGCAAGGCGGUGGCCCCCGGGCACCCCUGGGAGGACGGCGAUGCUGGGGGCAGCGGCGGCAGCAGCCGGAUGGAGGAGAACGGUCAGUCCCAGGGCAGUGGCCACCGGCAGCGGCCCCUGGGCGAGUCCCAGCCACAGGGCACCCAGACCACGCUGUGCUCACAGUUUGAUGAGUUUGCCGGCAGCGAGACACCCACAGGUCCUUCCAUCUGACCGGGAGCACCCGAGAGCUGAGAAGAGAGGACGGGCGUUGCGAAGGGGACAGAGGAGCAGUGCUGGGGGUGACGGCGCUGGAAGGACCCUCGGGUGCACGCAUCGACCUGGAGAGGGGCUCUCCGUGAGGGUCUGUGCUGUUGAUGCUGAAGGACUGGGGCCGCUAGGAAAGAGCUCCCGACCCUCUGGCCAAGAGGAAUCGCAGCCUUGGGGUCGUGCCUGUGCUCCCGGUGCAGACCAGGACGAGCUCCCAACCCAAGUGCUUCCUGGCAUCGGGAUGCCCAGGCCAGCAGCUCUGCUCUCCCAACAGUCAUCCUGGACUCAGACAGGUUUUGGACAGCCCGUAAGGAAGGCAGAAGAGCCUCUUGCAGGCAUGAGCCCUUUCCAGGAUCUCCACUCCAUCCCUGCCCACCCGCUGCGCUCCCAGGGGUGGCUGCAACGCCGGGACACGCGGCGAUACCUUUAGCAAAGGAAAAGCACAGGGGAGCAAGGGAUGCAGGGGGAACUGGACCAAAAAUGUGAAUUAUACCCUUACCAAACCUCCUCCUGUUUCUCCCUCUCCAUUUGGGGCCGGUGUCCGUGUUUCCAUGCUGCUCAGGGGUCAGGGGGUGCUUGGAUGAAGCUGGAGGAGCAGCAGCAGGGAGAGCAUUGUAGGAGAGGAGUUUCCACCGUGAGGACCCUGCGUGCUGUUCUGGAACUCGGGGCAGUGGGGCGAGGGCAGGAAGGCAAAGUUCUUGCUUUAAACCUCUUGGUGCUGCCGGGGUGGAGGCAGCUGGGCCAGUGCAGCCCCAAGACGCUGCGGGGGCUCCUCUGUGCACGCUGCCAUGCGAGCGGAGCUCGGGAUGUGCGUGUCCAGAUGGGCACCACGUGCCCACGCCACGCAGCGACUUUUGGGGAUGGUGUUUGUUGGUUGUAAAUAUGUCACGGUAACUGUAAAGCGCGUGUCUGUUUUGUCUCCCUUCAAAUAAAGGAGAAACAAAGGUUCGAAACCCUGCGGUGCCUUCGAAUCGGUGCCAGGCAGAGGGAUGCUUCUUCCAGCUCCCCGCGCCCCGAAAGGGCAGGCGGUGCCAGCCCUGUGGCUCAGGGGGGAGCUUUGUGCCCCCGACGUAUCUGCCAGCCUGGCAACGCACCAGAAAAUCGGCAUCACCCUCCCACCAUCAUUCAGGAGGUUUGAUACCACUGUGAACGCUUGUUUUGGGAGCAGCAGAGAGCCCUGUGCCAGGGUGAUGCUGGGGGUGUCAGGGCACCCCAUACACCCAGAGCGCCUGGAGCUGCCCUGUCCCUGCCCAGGGCGCUGUGAGAGGUGCCCAGUGCCACCUCCUGGUGCCGGGGAGAUCCCAGCUGGAGCCUGCGGGGUCCGGCUGCAGCCCCAGGGACUGGGAUGUUGGGGCUCUGCUCUGCUGAGAUCUCCUUAUAGGAUACAUUUUGCUUUUAAUACCCAGCAAGGAUGAAAUCAUUAAAUAAAGAGGGAAACGCAGCUCUUGGAAGUUCUUUCCAUCGUAGAGCUUCAGACGUCGGUUUGAUGGUUCCUUGGAUCCUGGUCUCCGAUCCCUGCAGCUGACCCUGAGCA